AUGACUUCCAUCUUCCUCAUUGGCCCUGGUCUUAUCGGUGGGGAGACCUACCAAAUCACCGCGCUGCUGCGGAGGGAGUCUGCCCGUCAGGCCUUUCACGAUCUGGGUGUGCAGACUGUCCUGGGGACUCUGGCCGACAAGGAUGUAAUUGCCGCCCAGACCGCUGUAAGUGAUAUUGUCGUUCACAUCGCUACCACUGAUGAUCUCCCCUCGUUUCGGGGCCGUGCUGGCAGGAAUUCGACAUGGUGUGAAUCUCAUCGGUACAAUGCUGAAGACAGCCACAAAACUGAUUGUAUUUAUGAUUACAAUAAACCAGCCUCAAUCGACGCCCUUCCAGCCUCGGCCGCGUAUCGCGUAAUUGAUCUUGUGAUUGUCCGCGCUGGCAAAACGGCUGAGCUCUCAUGCAACUCUAAUCUUGUAAUCAUGAUCCUGCCCAUGUGCCUUUCUAUCCAGCUGCCGACCAUGGUCUGCUACUCCAUCAAGCACGGGUACCCUGGGAUGACCGGCGACGAACUUGCCGUACGCAACCAGGUGUAUAUCAAAGAUCUUGCCCGCGGCUAUGUCACUCUUCUGCACUGGCUCGAAGAGAGCCCCGCUCCGACAAACGGCGAGAAGCUUUCGUGGAGAGUGCUAGUGAUUAGGUUUGGGUCCAGUGCGCGGAACCGGGCGAAUCGUCUGCGCAAGAUCCGUUGGGAAGCGAGAAAGAAGAAGACGUUUCCCUCGCUUACCGAGGACGGGGUUCCGCAUAUUCUGCUGGAAACUGGUGAGUUUAACGGGUAUUCUGCCGCUGUUGCAUCGGGCAAUUUCGAAGGAAAUAAGUACAAAUUAUGCUAUAGCCGAGGCCUCCAUAUAUGA